CAAUGAACUUAAAGGGAGAUUUGAGAGUCAGCCCAUGCAGUUUUACAUGAAAUCUAGCACUCUAACUGUCUUCCUUCAGCUCCAGAUGCUGCAGAGUCAUGGAAAACCAAUCCAGUGUUUCUGAGUUUUUCCUCCGAAGAAUAUCUGUGUCUCCUGAGCAACAACAGUCUCUCUUCGGAAUUUUCCUGUGUAUAUAUCUUGUCACCUUGACUGGGAACCUGCUCAUCAUCCUGGCCAUUGGCUCUGACCUGCACCUCCACACCCCCAUGUACUUUUUCUUGGCCAACCUGUCUUUUGUUGACAUAGGUUUAACGUCCUCCACAGUUUCCAAGAUGCUGGUGAAUGUACAGACACGGCAUCACACUAUCUCCUACAUGGGUUGCCUCACGCAAAUGUAUUUCUUUCUGAUGUUUGGUGAUCUGGACAGCUUCUUCCUGGCUGCCAUGGCGUAUGACCGCUAUGUGGCCAUUUGCUGCCCCCUCUACUACUCCACAGUCAUGAGCCCCCAAGUCUGUGCCCUAAUCCUCACGUUGUGCUGGGUCCUCACCAAUGUUGUUGCUCUGACUCACACACUCCUCAUGGCUCGACUGUCAUUCUGUGUGACUGGGGAAAUUGCUCACUUUUUCUGUGACAUCACUCCUGUCCUGAAGCUAUCAUGUUCUGACACCCACAUCAACGAGAUGAUGGUUUUUGUCUUGGGAGGCACAGUGCUCAUUGUCCCCUUUCUAUGCAUUGUCACCUCCUACAUCCACAUUGUGCCUGCUAUCCUGAGGAUCCGAACCCAUGGUGGGGCGGGCAAGGCCUUUUCCACCUGCAGUUCCCACCUCUGCAUUGUUUGUGUGUUCUAUGGGACCCUCUUCAGUGCCUACCUGUGUCCUCCCUCUAUCGCCUCUGAAGAGAAGGACAUUGCAGCAGCUGCAAUGUAUACCAUAGUGACUCCCAUGUUGAACCCCUUUAUCUGUAGCCUAAGGAACAAGGACAUGAAGAGGGCCCUCAAGAGGCUCUUCGGUCAGAGGAAAAUUGUUUCAUCUUAG